CAGCCCCAGCUCCAGGCCCGGCAGCAGCAGCUGCAGCCGCCCACGCCACCGCCCCCGCCGCCCGCCGGGAAAGGCUCUGCAGCAAUGAAGCCGCGCGUCCCGAGGCACCGCAGGUAAGCCGGGAGCCUGGCCGCCUCCGCCGAGCCCCUGCGCCGCUUCCCCUUCGCGCGUCCUGCCGCAGCGAGAGGCAUGGAGAAGGCCACCCCCGCGGGGCGCUGAUCCCAGCGCCGCGCCCGCGCGCACACGCCCCCCGCCGCCGCCACUGCCGCCGCCACCGCUGCCACCGCCGCGCGCCCCCCGCACCUCGCUCCUGCCCCGCCCCGCCAUGACCGGCUCCGCGGCGGACACUCACCGCUGCCCCCACCCCAAAGGCGCCAAAGGUACUCGGUCUCGGAGCAGCCACGCACGGCCCGUGAGCCUCGCCACCAGCGGGGGCUCGGAGGAGGAGGACAAAGACGGUGGGGUGCUGUUUCACGUUAACAAGAGCGGCUUUCCCAUCGACAGCCACACCUGGGAGCGCAUGUGGAUGCACGUGGCCAAGGUGCAUCCCAAGGGGGGAGAGAUGGUGGGCGCCAUCAGAAACGCCGCCUUCCUGGCAAAGCCUUCUGUACCCCAGGUCCCAAACUACAGGCUGUCGAUGACUAUCCCAGACUGGCUCCAGGCGAUCCAGAACUACAUGAAGACGCUACAAUACUUAACCAAUGGACAGCCUUCCAUCGAGCGAUUCCCCAUCAGCUUUAAAACCUACUUCUCAGGAAACUAUUUUCAUCAUGUCGUGCUGGGGAUUUAUUGCAAUGGCCGCUAUGGCUCACUGGGCAUGAGCCGAAGGGCUGAGCUGAUGGACAAGCCAUUGACCUUUCGGACUUUGAGUGAUCUCGUCUUUGACUUUGAAGACUCCUACAAGAAAUACUUGCACACGGUGAAGAAGGUCAAGAUUGGGCUGUAUGUCCCUCAUGAGCCUCACAGCUUCCAACCCAUUGAGUGGAAGCAGCUGGUCCUCAAUGUCUCGAAGAUGUUGAGGGCUGACAUAAGGAAGGAGCUGGAGAAAUAUGCCAGGGAUAUGAGAAUGAAGAUCUUGAAACCUGCAAGUGCCCACUCUCCAACCCAAGUGAGAAGCCGGGGGAAAUCCCUGUCCCCCAGAAGGAGACAAGCAAGCCCCCCAAGAAGGCUCGGCAGGCGAGACAAGUCGCCUGCUCUGCCUGAAAAGAAGGUGGCUGACCUCAGCACUCUGAAUGAAGUUGGCUAUCAAAUCCGAAUCUAGCCAGGCCAUACUGGCCAGCAAGAGGGUUUCCGUGGUGCUUCUUUUUGAACUUUACCCAGCAUCUUCAGGAGGAACUGCAACUAUUUAUUACAAGCUUGUGAAGUUUAUUUUUAAGGCUUCACCUGGAAAUAGAAUCUGAGUUGGUGGGAACAAUUAGCUUUAUAAACUUUCUAAGGGGCAACCGUGAAAAGGCUAGAGUAAAAACCCCGCUGGGGUUGGACUGUCUCCCUCACUCACGAUCUCAAGGAUAACUAACAUUAACUGCAGUUUUCUAUUUUCCCAUUUACCCACUUUCUCUGACUUGCUUUGGACAUUAUGCCUCACCAGUAGUAAAUGUUCAUGAAGUUCUCCCCCACUUCUGGUAUAGUAAGGUAACUCAAUCAGCAUUACCGUCUUUUUCAGCAAUAACAGAAGCAAAGAUGGGUGAGUUUUUUUAAGCAGUUAAUAUUACCUCAGCAUUUUUACAUCAGAUAUGCAAACUUGAUGGCAUUUUGGUUUUUUAUAUUCUAUUUGUAUUGUUUCCCCAGUUUUUCCAAUGGGGAUCUCCACAGCCUGGAGUUUUUUUCCUGGUGCACAUGUGAUGAGAUUUAAGGUAUUAUAUGCAAAUGUUUUACUAAAAAAAAAAAAGCACUGAAAUUCUUCUGGCAAUAUGGGAAACCAUUUCUAGGAUACUGGAGUUAAUCUUUCAUAAAGCAUUCACUGACAGCAGGCAGUUUUUUUCUUUCAAAACAAGCACUUUCAGAAGGUAGUCUAUGUUCUGUCACUAACAUUUAAACUUUGCAAAGUACACAAAAAGCACAAGAGGUCAUGCACUUGUUACACAAAAUUACCAGUUACUGAGAUCACCCCUGACAGUCACACACUUAGAAAGGCAGACACUAGGAAUGAGUCAGCGGUUCUGAGAAGCAGAUAACCUUUCUGGUUCACAUUUCCUCUGAUUUGUAAACUGAACUCUGAGUCAGGCUUCGAUUCUGAAGAACUUGGCUGC